ACACAUAUAUAUAUUAAGUGAUCGUUAAUUUCAUUGGGGGAACACAUUAUCCUAUAUAUAAGUGAUCGUUAAUAUCAUUGGUAGGACACAUUAUCCUUAAUCACUAAAUUAUGGUAUAAAUAGCUUGGACAUGCAUAUAUGCAGAGUAAAGACAGCAAGAAACCAAUUAAGUAAGCCUACUGUCUCCAAUAUUUUUUUGAGAUUUUCUUGGAUUGUAUUAGGCAUGUCAACCUCAGCAUGUUACAACGUGAAAAGGCGAUCACCGGAGUUGAUAACUCCGGCAAAACCGACUCCUUACGAGUACAAACUUCUUUCAGAUAUUGAUGAUCAACAGGGUCUUCGGCUCCACCUCCCCGUUAUACAGUUUUAUGCUAAAAAGGAGUCGAUGAUGACAAAGGAUGUUGACCCUGUCGAUGUCAUAAGGGUUGCAUUAGCUAAAACGCUUGUGUUUUAUUAUCCCUUUGCUGGGAGACUCCGAGAAGGGGCUGGCGGGAAGCUUAUGGUUGAAUGCAAUGGCGAAGGAGUUAUGUUUGUUGAGGCUGAUGCGGAUGUUGCACUUGACCACUUUGGGAAUCCUGUUAUGCCCCCCUUUCCUUGUUCUGAACAACUGCUUUUUGAUGUUCCGGGCUCUAGUGGGAUUCUUCAUUGUCCUUUAUUACUCACGCAGGUGACUCGUUUCAAAUGUGGAGGAUUUACACUUGCUGUGCGGCUAAAUCACACCAUGUGUGAUAUGGGAGGAUUUGCACAAUUCAUGACUGCUUUAAGUGAUAUAGCCAGAGGCGCGGAUGCCCCGUCUGUGCCACCAGUAUGGCAAAGGGAGCUGCUCAAUGCCAGGGACUCCCUUCGAGUCACGUACACACACCACGAAUACGAUGAAGUGAUCAGUGACCAGGGGCCAAUAAUUCCCCCUGAAAUACUAAAAACAUUAGAAUACCGUUACAUUUUCUUCGGCCCUGAUGAAAUUCGUGCACUGCGACGCUUUCUUCCAUCUAAUUUCACCAAGUGUUCAACUUUUGAAGUUGUGACUGCUAGCCUUUGGCGAUGUCGCACUAUUGCUCUCCAAAUUGAUCCUGAGGAGGAUGUGCGCCUCGUAUGUCUUGUUAAUGCACGCGCGGCAUUUGAUCCUCCUCUGCCAGAUGGAUACUAUGGAAACACAUGCGCAUUUCCAGUAGCCAUCGCAAAGGCUAAAACUAUAAUUUCUCAUAAUUCACUAGAGUAUGCGGUGAAACUUAUUAGAAAAGCCAAGGCUGAGGUUACGGAAGAGUAUAUGAGAUCGGUAGCCGAUCUAAUGGUCAUGAAAAAUCGGCCUCAUUUCACAACCCAUAAUACAUUUGUCGUGUCGAGUUUGACGCGUACCAGAUAUGAAGAUGUGCAUUUUGGUUGGGGUGAAGCUGUUUAUUCAGGUCUUCUUCCUGGAAUGGCAAGUUUUUAUGUACCUUUCAAGAACAAAAAGGGUGAGAAUGGAAUAUUGGUGCCUAUUUGCCUGCCCAAUUUUGUCAUCAACACAUUUUCGAGGGAGCUUGAUAGCAUGUUACAAAACAAUGAUGAAUUUGUCACACAACCAACUUUACCAUAUAUCAAGUCAGCUCUUUGAAUGGUUAUGUUU